AUGUUUGACGACGAGAAUACAGACUCUAUCUUUGACGUGUUUGCUGGUCAAGCGGAAGACGAUUUCGACGACGAUCUGGACGAUGAACAAGUGGCCCAGGCACCUGUCAAACGUUCGCAUGGCGACGCCACAGAUCAAGAUAAUCCAAUGGGCGAAACCGAAGACGACAAGGUCAAACGAUUGAGAACCGAAGACGCCAUGCAGCCGGCACCUAUUGUUGCUGAUACUUUUGAAGAAGAAUCGUCUCGACAAGUGGCCAACAUUGCUGGUCUGCAGAACACUGUGGCCACUGAAGGAGAGCAACUCACAUUGAGCCAUCAGGUUCGUCAUCAAGUCGCUGUGCCACCCAAUUACGAUUACGUUCCUAUCUCGCAGCAUGUCCCGCCAGCCGAUCCUGCCCGUGUUUACCCAUUCACCCUCGAUCCUUUCCAACGUGUGGCUGUUUCCUCUAUCGAACGUAAUGAAUCCGUUCUUGUCUCUGCCCAUACGUCCGCCGGUAAAACCGUGGUUGCCGAAUACGCUAUUGCACAGUGUUUGAAGAACAAGCAGCGUGUUAUCUAUACCUCACCUAUCAAGGCUUUGUCUAAUCAGAAAUAUCGUGAAUUUACCGAGGAAUUCGGUGAUGUGGGUUUGAUGACCGGUGAUGUGACAAUUAAUCCUCAAGCAUCCUGUCUUGUCAUGACUACCGAGAUUUUGCGUUCAAUGCUUUACCGUGGUUCGGAAAUCAUUCGUGAAGUGGCCUGGGUCGUCUAUGAUGAAAUCCAUUACAUGAGAGAUUCUGAGAGAGGUGUGGUUUGGGAAGAAUCCAUUAUUAUGCUUCCCGACGCUGUUCGAUAUGUUUUCUUGUCAGCCACCAUUCCAAACGCCAUGGAGUUUGCCGAAUGGAUUUGUAAGAUCCAUGAACAGCCUUGUCAUAUUGUCUACACCGAUUUCCGUCCCACACCUUUGCAACAUUAUCUGUUCCCUGCUGGUGGUGAGGGUAUUCAUUUGGUGGUGGAUGAAAAGAGUACCUUCCGAGAGGAUAACUUUCAGCGAGCCAUUACGGCCUUGUCCGACACACAAGGAGAUGAUCCCAGUGGUACGAAAGCGCGCGGUGCACGUGGAAAGAAAGGCCCAAAGACGCACAAGGGCGGCAAAAACGAUGGUCCGACCGAUAUUUACCGCAUCAUUAAGAUGAUUAUGAUGAAAAACUAUCAUCCCGUCAUUGUUUUCAGUUUCUCCAAGCGUGAAUGUGAAGCGAAUGCAUUGCAAAUGUCCAAGUUGGAUUUCAACGAUGAUAAUGAGCGUGAUAUGGUAUCUCAAGUGUUCAACAACGCGAUAUCAUCGUUAAAUGACGAUGAUCGUCAGCUGCCACAGAUUCAGCAACUUCUUCCACUAUUGCGUCGUGGUAUCGGUGUCCAUCAUGGUGGUUUACUGCCUAUCAUGAAGGAAGUGAUCGAAGUGCUUUUCCAAGAAAAUUUGCUCAAGGUGCUUUUUGCCACCGAAACCUUCUCUAUUGGUUUGAAUAUGCCUGCCAAAACGGUCGUUUUCACAAGUGUCCGUAAAUUCGAUGGUAAAACGAUGCGUUGGGUGACCUCGGGUGAAUAUAUCCAAAUGUCCGGUCGUGCAGGUCGAAGAGGUCUCGAUGAGCGUGGUGUGGUUAUCAUGAUGAUUGACGAAAAAAUGGAACCUGCUGUUGCCAAGGGCAUGGUUCAGGGUGAAUCGGAUCGCAUGAAUUCAGCUUUCCAUUUGAGUUACAACAUGGUGCUGAAUCUGUUGCGUGUUGAAGGUGUCAGCCCCGAAUACAUGCUCGAGCGUUGUUUCUAUACCUUCCAAAACGAUGCCAAUAUCCCUCAUUUGGAGAAAGAAUUGAUGAAUUUGGAGAAUCAAAAGAACGAUAUCGUCAUUCCAAAUGAAGAAGAGAUCCAAAGCUACUACGAGAUCCGCAAACAGAUUGACACCUAUUCGCAAGAUGUUCGUGACGUGAUUAACCAUCCUACCUACUGUCUUCCUUUUAUGCAACCUGGUCGUCUUGUUCGCGUGAAGCAUGACAAUGUCGACUUUGGAUGGGGCGUCGUGUUAAACUUCCACAAGCUUCAGCAAAAGAACAAAAAGGACGAUCCUGAAAAUCCAACCUACUUUGCGGACGUGCUACUUUACUGUACCAAAGACAGCUCUUUAUCAAAAGAUGCCGAAGGAAAUGCAACAGGAUUCUAUCCCGCCAAGGACGAUGAAGGAUCCAUGCUGGCUGUGCCGGUCAUGCUGUCGUGUCUAGAAGGCAUUAGUCACAUUCGCUUAGUGCUUCCAAAAGAAGUACGAAGUAAAGAUGCUCGCCAAACUAUCUACAAAUCCAUCAAAGAGAUCAAGAAGCGAUUUCCCGAAAAGAUUCCCCUCUUGGAUCCUGUAGAUAACAUGAACAUCAAAGAUCCCGCUUUUAAGAAACUCGUUCAGAAAAUUGUGAUCUUGGAGGAGAAGUUGAUGUCGCAUCCUCUCAAUAGUUCGCCCGAGUUGCCUACAUUAUACGAUGCCUACGUUAACAAAGCCAACAUCAUCAAUGACAUCAAAAACUUGAAACGACGAAUUACAGAUGCUCAAUCGAUUGUCCAACUGGAUGAACUGAAAAACAGAAAAAGAGUGAUGCGAAGGCUUGGUUUCACCACGUCGGCCGAUGUCGUUGAAAUGAAAGGUCGUGUAGCCUGUGAAAUCAGUACGGGCGACGAACUUUUGUUGACGGAAAUGAUCUUCCAAGGUGUUUUCAAUGAUUUGACGGUCGAACAGUCCGUGGAUCAAAAUGCCCGUUUACAAGAGGAACUUGCCGGUCCCUUGCGUUUGAUGCAGGAAACCGCUCGACGUAUUGCCAAGAUUUCCAACGAAUGCAAAAUGAACAUGGAUGAAGAUGAAUAUGUGCAGCGAUUUAAGCCCCAGUUGAUGGAUGUUGUUUAUGCAUGGUGUCAAGGAGCUAAAUUCUCGCAAAUUUGUAAAAUGACCGAAGUAUACGAAGGUUCAUUAAUUCGUAUUUUCCGUCGACUUGAAGAACUACUCCGUCAAAUGGCCGCAGCUGCCAAAAGUAUUGGUAACUCCGAGCUUGAAAACAAGUUCUCUCAAGGUAUCAACCAAAUUCACAGAGAUAUCAUCUUUGCCGCAUCUCUGUACUUGUAA